AUCUGGUGGAGCUGAGCCUUAUACCCGACCCGAGAGUUGGAAACCGGAAUAUUACUGCGCAGACGACAGGAAAAUCAAAAAUCAAAACUGAACAUUUUGCAUUCACAAUGUCAAUACUACGAAAGGUUUUUUCCGACUUUCACGUAUCGAAUUUUUAUAGAAUCACGGGGUCUAAAUUAUUACCCGUAAGAGUAGGCUAUUCAACAACCUCCAGUACAAGUAGUCAGCCCAAAGACGAUCUACCAGCAGAAAACCUAACUAAUCCAUAUCAAAAAGAAAAACGCCGCUGUGUUUUGUGCAAGUAUAAUGUGAAAGUUGACUACAAAAAUGCACGCCUGCUAUCUCAGUUCCUGUCUCCCUUUACUGGCAAAGUUUAUGAAAGAAAUAUAACUGGACUGUGCAAAGCCAAACAGAGGUCUGUUGAAAGGGAAAUCAUCAAGUCACAAAAUGCAGGCUAUUUAGCUGUUAUGCUGAAAAAAGUAGAAUAUAUAAGAGAUCCAAAGUUGUGUGACCCAAAUAGACCAGUAAGACCUCAUCGCUAUUAAAUUGUGAUUUUGUAUUAGAAGAUUACCAAUACAACUUUAAAAUAUA